AAUAGUGUCGUUGGGUCUGGUUUGGAAACAGAAUCAACUUUGGAUUAAUCUAGCAGACAUCGUCUUGGAUCUUCUGGAAAAAUGAAAUUCUUCGUCAUUGCCUUUGCUGUGAUCGCAGCUGCCUCGGCGGCUUCGAUUGCCACGGAUUACCUGCCGCCGGUGGACAACAACCUGGAGGCCGCCUCCGACAUUGUCGAGCUGCCCGCCGAGCAGGGCGUUCUCGCCGACGAUGGAUACCGCUACAAGACCGUGCGCCGCCUGAAGCUGCGCCACCGCCGCGAUGUCUCCGAGCUCUCCUCCGAGUACCUGCCCCCAGUUCAGGAGGCUGCCUCCGAGGCCGUCGCCGUGGAGACUCCCCUGGCCGAUGAUGGCUACCGUUACAAGACCGUCCGCCGAGUGAUCCGUCGUCGUCGUGACGUCUCCGAGCUUUCCCCUGAGUACUUGCCCCCUGUGGAGGAGGCCGCUUCCGAGGCUAUCGCUGUGGAGACUCCCCUGGCUGAUGAUGGAUACCGUUACAAGACCGUGCGUCGCCUCAAGCUGCGCCACCGUCGUGAUGUCUCUGAGCUUUCCCCGGAAUACCUGCCCCCUGUUGAGGAAGCUGCCUCCGAGGCCGUCGCUGUGGAGACUCCUCUUGCUGAUGAUGGCUACCGCUACAAGACCGUGCGCCGUGUGAUCCGUCGUCGUCGUGAUGUUUCCGAGCUGUCCCCCGAGUACCUGCCCCCCGUUGAGGAAGCCGCCUCCGAGGCCGUUGCCAUCGAGACUCCCUUGGCCGAUGAUGGAUACCGCUACAAGACCGUGCGCCGAGUGAUCCGUCGUCGUCGUGACGUCAACGAGCUGCCCUCCGCCGAAUACCUGCCCCCAGUUCAGGAGGCUGCCUCCGAGGCCGUGGCUGUGGAGACCCCUCUUGCCGAUGAUGGAUACCGCUACAAGACCGUGCGUCGCCUGAAGCUGCGCCACCGCCGCGACGUCUCUGAGCUGUCCCCCGAGUACCUGCCCCCCGUUGAGGAAGCCGCUUCCGAGGCUGUUGCCGUCGAAACCCCUCUGGCCGAUGAUGGCUACCGUUACAAGACCGUCCGCCGAGUGAUCCGCCGCCGUCGCGAUGUUUCCGAGCUGUCGCCCGAGUACCUGCCCCCUGUGGAGGAGGCCGCUUCCGAGGCCAUCGCCGUGGAGACUCCCCUAGCUGAUGACGGAUACCGCUACAAGACCGUGCGUCGCCUCAAGCUGCGCCACCGCCGCGAUGUCUCCGAGCUGUCCCCCGAGUACCUGCCCCCGGAGGAGGCCGCCGCCUCCGCCAUCAUCGAUGUGCCCGCCGAGCAGACCGUGCUGGCCAACGACGGAUACCGCUACAAGACCGUCCGCCGCCUGAAGCUCCGUCGCCACUAAGCCGCCGAUUGCACUGAUUCCCACCGCAGCGUUUGAGAUUGUCGAGGAUGCUUUUCCAGAAGAAGUCCUGCCGUCGAGAGUCUCACGAUGAAACUAACCAUAAGUCGAGCGUAUUAGUCAAUUUGAAUCCCCUAUGAAAAACCCGAGUACAAACCCCGAAAUAACCAUAAUAAACAUUUUUAAAACAAAA